ACUAAUUAUAGCCUCCUAUUUUUUUCUGAUGUAACACUAUAGGUCGAAAUCUAGUGUUAUACAUUAGAGUGUAUGUACAUUAGAGAAAUAUUGGACUGGGGACGAAGGCUUGAUAUGUACAUACAGGUGUACGUACCAAAAAGUGACUAUUCUAUGCAAGGUGGUCGAUAAUGUGUGAUUUGAUUAAUGCAUAAUUAUGCAUAUGCAUGUGUGCACCUAGUCGUUUUUUUCCUUGUAAAUUUAUAAACUGUCAUGGCUCUGUGAUGGUAAUGCAUGUUGUUGUGCUACUAUUGUGUGCGUUUGACCUUCAUAGUGUUGUCAUAACUUUGUCCUACUUCACUGAAAUUCAUGUUAUCAUAUGCGAUUGGACUCCCGCUUUAAUCUGUAUGCUGUAAAAAGUCCCUGGCAUACUAGUCUUGUCAACCACAUAAAGCACAAAUAAAGCCAUAAUUGACCACAGAACUUGGUUAACUGCAAAUAUAGGCUUUACUAAUUAUCAAUAGACAAAUGGGCUGCUAUAUGAUUGGCUGCUAUAGUUAUGAUUGUGGUGUUGAAUAGCACAAUAGAACUAUAGAUCAAAUUUAGCAAUGAGUUGUAUGUGCCUGUUAAAUAUGUGUAUAACCUGUUAAGCAUGUGUAUGCUUGUGAGCUUCCUUUAGUUGGUCUAAAGGUGAUGAUGGUCAAUAGUUAGCACAGUGCAUACUUUACACACACAGGUGCCAGGUGAAACAUUUUGAGCUUUAGUAUAAUUAUCGCUGAUAUUUGAAAGUUUUCAGGCAGCUUUUCACCAGUAUUUAAUGAAUUGCUAUUGUACUGUUACAGUAGAGGCCUUUGUGAAGAGUUCAAUAUAUUGCUUAGCUAGACUAUAGCUAGACUAUAGCUAGAAUGUUUCCUAGUCAACCACGCAGAACUAAGAGUGCUCCAAAGUCAAGAUCCUCUGACAAACCAACUAGCGCUUGGGGAGAGAAUCAGAAGAUCUCGAAGAGUUACUCAGCAGAGGAGAUAGUAGAGGAGUCUGCAGAGCCGUGGUACAUUGCAUCCACUGAUGACAGUACAGGACAGUCCAAGCCCUGUCAGAAGAAGAGCAUCAAGCUAUCGUUUCGAAAGAAACUUUCCAUUUCGUCAAAAAAAGAAAGUAAAAGUACAUCUGAUCUCAUCGAAAAGAAGAAGAAAUCAUUUCGACCACCAAGCCUUCUCCUAAAGCCGCCGGAGCAGGUAGACGACUGGUACAAAGUUUUAGACUCACCACUUCUCAUCGGCAAAGAAACAUCUCGUUCGAAAAUCGAACUAUCCGCAAGCUCGCCAAAUCUUCAUGAGAUGACUAUCGAAAGUGAUUCACCUGAUCCACCUGAUUUACCUAAUCCAAGUUUUUCGGCUAUUAUGCCUAGCAACAUAGCACUUGCUGCCUACCCCCCUUCCCCGUAUGAACUUAGCUCCUCCCCGCAAUCAUUCACUAGCUACCUCGAAGAAGUGAAGUCACCACGGAUUGCGACUCGAAGCAGGAGUUUCGGUUCCCAUAACGUUAUUCCACGAUCCCCCCUCGCCCUCACACCUGUCACAAAGUUCACAAACUUUGAAGAGGAGUGUGACACUGACGAAUGUCGUGGAUCACCACACUUAUCGUUUGGACGACAAUCUGGCCGUCAUUCGUUGUCAGAAAGUUACCCAUCAUCAAAUUUUGCCUCCACCAACAAUCACUCCGUCUUGAACACUAGUCCCUCCAAUCUCUCAUUCGGGCGAACACGCUGUAAUUCCAUUGUAGGAAGAUACGAACAACACGCAGUCACGCAUUACCCUGGACAUCCCAAAACAACAGUGGCACAACGUGUACCCGUGAAGGGUUCCCCUCAAGCAAGCCCCACCUUCUACCAUGUGCCGCGCAGAAUGAAGACGUCUCACUCAUUUAACGCUCACACGUCUUACUCAGUGAACGCCCUCGAUUAUAUUGAGGGGCACAAGUCUCGUUCCAUGGUGUGCGAGUGUGCACCGUACGUUCCCAGAGAAGAGCCGUCUGUGUUUAAGUUUCCGGUUCCAGUUCAGCGUGGGGGUUCAGAGAGGUCACCACUUCGCUACAAAGCGUAUCGCUCGUCGUAUUUGAAUGCGAUCAUCACAGCCCCUCUACGUCGACUCUCACACCUCACAUCUACGCCCACACACACUCACCCCACUCACAACAGUGUAACACCCACAUUCUCUCGCAUUGGUAGAAGUUCUACGCCCCCCUCCCCUCGAAGUCCAGUGAGUCAGAUAGGAUCUCUUAUCUCUCUCUCUGUUGGCAGUGAUGCUUCAGAAGCGUUUAGUCUUGUCGAUACUCAGAGCGAGAUUUGCUCCGGUGGUAGACCUCGUAGCUAUGGCAACAGCGGACGAGUAUUCCAGAGCUGUAGAGGUCAAAGAGCGUAUCGAUCGAUGAUGCUUACAAAACGACGUAUUCUAUUCAGUAUGUAAAAUUGUGGCUACAUGUAGUAUAGUCUCUAUAGAUACAUGUACAUACAGGUAGUUUUUGCACAUUUUUGG